UUUUGUCAAAACGUCCUGAAAACUGAAACGUUUCGGCGAAGGCCUAUGGAGCCACAAGGGAUUGUCAAAGCCUUUCCCAAGAGGAAGAAGGUGAGGGAUGACUCGGAGAAAAGCAUCCCUCCAAAGAUCUCGAAAGAGGAAGGAACAGAGAUACCUGAGGCAGAGUGGCUGAAACCAGUCAUCGCCUAUGUGUUGCAAGCCGGCAUUGGGCAGACCAGGGCCGAGAUCUUCCGCAGGCAGAUCGUCCAGAACGGGGGUAUCGUUCACAGGCAGCUCUCCUCGGAGGUGACACACGUCAUUGUGGCUGAGGACAUGGACUGUGAGCGCGCCUUUCGGCUCCUCAGAUUGACCAAGCUGCGCCCGGGGCUGCAGCUGGUGAAGGCAGCCUGGCUUAGUGCUUGCAUUAGGGACCAGAAGCUGCUGAGUACUGCUGGCUAUGGUGUCUUUAUCCCUCACAGGUACCUGGAGGAAGAGGAAUUGCAGAAAGAACAGCAACAGAUCCCGGACAGAGGAAAAAUCCAGCUGCCAGCAGAGGAGGGAGCAUCAAAACAGAGUACUGAAUCCCAGGUGGAGGAUUCCUCACAGCGAGGCUUGGGCACCCUUGGGCAGCAGCAACUGGCUGAGAAAUACUCUGAUGAUGAAGACAGUGAAGGAGAAGAUGCUGGUGUCACCCAGGGAGAUCUGGAAGCAUUGAUUUCUGGCCACUACCCUGUGAAAUCAUCAGAGGAGAUCAGUGACAGCUCUUACACAGUGGCCCAGCCUCCCAGCAAGUGGGUUUGUGCCCAGUCUUCCAACACCAAGAAGGAAAAUCACAACCAAUGCAUCACAGAGAAGCUGGAAGUGCUGGCAAAGGCUUACUCUGUCCAGGGGGACAAGUGGAGAGCUCUGGGCUACUCCAAAGCAAUCAAUGCACUCAAGAGCUACCACAAGCCAGUCACCUCCUACCAGGAAGCCUGUAAAAUCCCUGGGAUUGGGAAGCGGAUGGCAGAGAAGAUCCUGGAGAUCUUGGAGAGUGGGCACCUGCGCAAGCUGGAUCACAUCAGUGAGAGUGUGCCUGUGCUGGAGUUAUUUUCCAACAUCUGGGGAGCAGGGGUCAAGACAGCUCAGAUGUGGUACCAGCAGGGUUUCCGGACACUGGAUGACAUCCGCACCAAGGCCACUCUGACCAGGCAGCAGGCUGUGGGGCUGAAGCACUACACGGAUUUCCUGGAGCGCAUGCCUCGGGAGGAAGCUGCAGAAAUAGAGCAGACUGUCAGACAAGCUGCCCUGGCCCUGAAGCCUGGCCUCGUGUGUAUUGCGUGUGGCUCCUACCGUCGGGGGAAGGCCACGUGUGGAGAUGUGGAUGUGCUUGUCACUCACCCAGAUGGGCAGUCUCACCGUGGGGUGUUCAGCAAGCUGCUCAACAGCCUCCGCAGGAGCGGCUUCCUUACAGAUGACCUGGUGAGUCAGGAGGACAACGGUGAUCAGCAGAAGUACCUGGGCGUGUGCCGCCUGCCCGGGCCAGCGCAGCGGCACCGCCGGCUGGACAUCAUCGUGGUGCCGUACGGCGAGUUCGCCUGUGCCCUGCUCUACUUCACGGGCUCGGCUCACUUCAACCGCUCCAUGCGCGCCCUGGCCAAGACCAAGGGCAUGAGCCUGUCGGAGCACGCGCUCAGCUCGGCCGUGGUGCGAGGCCCCGGGGGUGCCAAGGUGGCAUCUGGCCAUACUCUGCCCACGCCCACCGAGAGAGAUGUCUUCAUCCAGCUGGGGCUGCCUUACCGGGAGCCCUCCGAACGGGACUGGUGAUGCCUGCUUGUCACCUUGGGCUUGCUGCUGUGCUGCUGUUUUGAAGGAUUUGAUUUCCCCCGUGGUGGAAAGGCUCUGUGGUGCCUGCAGGCUGAGGGACAUAUCCCAGCAAACUGGGGCUCCUUGCAAGCAUGAGGCCUGGCUGCUGGGCAGAGCUCUGUGGCUUCCUCAGCUGAGGCUGAGGGCUGGAACCACGCUGGAAGUGCUUUCCUGGUGUUGCUACCAAAAGGGCUCACUGCCCAUCAGCUACCCUGAUCCUGCUGUCCCCAACUUUGGAAAAUUGGGUUGCAGAACCUUGUGAUCCAACCCCUGGCAGUGCUUGGGAACAAAGGAAGUGGGAUGCAUCUUCCUCUGUAUCUGAGCACUGAUGCUCUGAAAUUUCUGUUCUGAGCUGUGAAUGAAGGUAGCAGAGGUUAGCUUAGUUCUGUGACAGGCCUUCCUCACUACUGCUGGCAGCUGCUACUGCAGGAGUCUCAAGGGGUUAACCUGUGCUGCUGCUGUGUCCUUAUGUCUGAGCUGAUGUGUCCUUCGGUGGGUCCCAUUGCACAGGGCCAGCUGCUGUUACUGCCACCAGCUUUCCCUGGUGCCAGCUAAACCUUGAAAGAGGCAUAGGGACCUGAGGUGCUAUACCUACUUGCUCCCAGCCUUGUGUUCUGAGGAUCCUCCAGAUUUACUCAGAGCCCUGGUCUGGCCCAAGACCUCCUUGGUGUAGGAGAGGAGCAGAGCUCACAGCUUGUGGAGCUGUGCUCAGGUGGGAUUUGAAUGUAAUAGCACUGAAUGUAACCCAGCAGCGCUGGGUGUGUCUGUCUGUAGGAGGUAUGGAGACAGAAACACAAGGAGAUAGUUAAGUUCUAACUGGGGCAAAGCAAAACCUUUUCCCAUUUUUUUGUGUGGAAGCCAUGGAGUCAUCUGGUCUUUGAUCAGGGAAAGUGUGUGUGUGUGUUUGUGUAUACAUGUGCGUGUGGCUGGUCCCACCAGUUCCACGGGAGUGAAUUUUAUUUCUCAGGAACCAUUGACUACAUUAUAUUGUGGAGAUGAAUUUCCCAGAGACAUUGAGUGUUCUGUCUGUUACAAGUAUUGCAGUGGUUGCUCCUGGCAGAGGUGCUAGGUGGGCAGUUCUGUGCCAGGACCCAGGGGCUCUUGCUCCCUCGUGGGGGAUCUGGCCCCAUCACGUACAGGGACAAAGCUGCAUGUUUGCUGCUAGAGCAGGCACAAACCAGGUGGGUUUGCACAGUUCCUGUGACUGCUGGGCACCAGCAGGGCUGGGGCUUUGCUGGGGUGGCCCACACCCCAGCAGUGGCAUUUGUGAAUCCAGCCUUUCUGCUGGACACCUGAGGGAAAUGAAUGUCUUUUGGCAUGUCUUGGUGCUUUGAAAUUUGAAGUGUAAUAAAUAAAUCCCUUCUCUCUUUUCCA